AUGAGAUCUCCACGCACAAGCCCGCUGAGCCAACCCGGUGUUAGGUCACCCCGCGCAGGGGCAGGAGAGGCCGGAACCCCUGGAGAUGCGAGAGGCAGCGGGGAUGGAAGCAAGCAGGCGCUGGACUCACCUCGCAUGGGCGCUUCAGGUGCAGGUGGGGCAGUGGCAGCAGCAGGAGGGGGAGGAGGAGGAGGGUCAGUACGGGCGGCAGGAGUGAAAGCCCAGGUGAUGUCCGAAGGAAGAGGAGGUGCGGGGCCUGCCACGUCAGCGCCGUUGUCGGGAGGCGGGGCGGGUUUGUCGGGUGGAUUGUCGGCAGAGGACGACUGGCGGCCGCGGAGUCGAACGCGGUUUGACGCCGAGGCGAUGCGCAAGGGGGAGAUCAAGCCACGGAGCAUGAAGGAGAGACGGCGGCGAGACAAGAUCAGCGAGGGGUUGAGGCAACUACGGCAAGCCAUCCCAGAAAGUCUGUUGGGUGCACAACAAGACAUGGGUGCUAUGAUCGAAGCAGCAGUCCUGCACAUAAGCAAUCUACAGGCUCGAUGUUCGCCUUCACUUCCCCCCCGGAGUGUUCGCCUUCACUUCCCCCCCUCCCGUCGCCUUCACUUCCCCCCCUCCCGUCGCCUUCUCUUCCCCCCCUCCCGUCGCCUUCUCUUCCCCUUCCCGUCGCCUUCACUUCCCCUUCCUGUCGCCUUCACUUUCCCUUCCCGUUGCCUUCACUUCCCCUUCCCGUCGCCUUCUCUUCCCCUUCCCGUCGCCUUCUCUUCCCCUUCCCGUCGCCUUCUCUUCCCCUUCCCGUCGCCUUCUCUUCCCCUUCCCGUCGCCUUCUCUUCCCCUUCCCGUCGCCUUCUCUUCCCCUUCUCGUCGCCUUCUCUUCCCCCUCCCGUCGCCUUCAAUUCCCCCUUCCGUCUGCUUCAAUUCCCCCUUCCGUCGCCUUCACUUCUCCCCCCCAAUGCCUUCAAUUCCCCCUCCGGUCGCCUUCCCCGCAUGCCGCACUUGCUUUCCCGCCCUUCACACUUGCUUCCCCACCCGUCGCCUUCACUUCCCCUUCCAUUGCCUUUCGCUCUCUCCUACUCACUCUCCCUGCUCACUCUCUUUCCCACUGCUCACUCUCUUCCCCCCUGCCCACUCUUUUCCCCACCCUUCACUCUCUCCUCUCUUGUUCACCCCCUGUUCUCACCCCUCUUCCCCCCUUCACUCAACCGUUCUCCCCUGCUCAACCUCUUUCCCUCUGCUCACUCUCUUCCUCCCUGCUCUCUCUCUUUUACCCGGCUCACACUCUCCCCCCCCCCUUCCCCCCACUCUCUUUCCCCCUGCUUACUCGCUUCCCCCCUCCUCAAUCUCUUUCCCCUGCUCAUUCGGUGGGAGGAAAUAGGGUGCAAGGGUGGGGUGGUCACCAUGGGCGAUGGUAGGAGUAGAGAAGGUGGUAAUAGGGAAGGAGUACAACGACGACCCUAA